UCAUGCUAUCCAUCGUGUGUUGAUUCUCGGUAAACACAUAAGCGUAGAGGUUAUACUGAAUUUAAUUUUUCGAUUUCUUUCAUAAAUAAACUACAAAAUACUGUUUCGAAUUGCAUUGGAAGUGGAAAAGAAUGGCGUCGAGCAGCAGUUUCUCGAGCAGCGACGACGAGAGCAGAAACGAGAAGGCAUCACGAAAACGAAGAAAGACUCAGGGUGGUGACAAACGACGAGGUUCUCAGCGAGAAAAUGACAAUCAUCGUAAAUCAAAUUCAGAGAAAAACGACCGCCGAAAUCAAUUUUACCGAGAAAACAGGCCACAAAGAAAACGAAGACUCGAAAACACACCCCCGCGAAGAGAGUCUCCUCCCGUGCGUCACCGAGAAGAAGAAACGGUCUCCAGAAGGAGUCGGGAAGAGAGCAAUCAAAACAGACAACGUGAUGGUCGUGACAGGAGGCAAAAUAAAAGCAGUUUUGAGCAAGCAAAAGUGAAAAAAGAGCCCUCGCCAGAUUGGGGGAGACCUAGUGUGAAAAAAGAGGAGAAACCGAACCCCCAGGACAAGGAAAAGCCGAAUUUUGGAUUAUCCGGAAAACUGACUGAAGAUACCAAUACUGUAAAUGGGGUGGUUGUUAAAUAUUCAGAACCCGAGGAUGCCAGAAAACCGAAGAGGAGGUGGAGGCUCUAUCAGUUUAAGGGAGAAAAGAAUUUGCCCACGCUUCAUAUUUCUCGACAGUCUGGUUAUUUGAUCGGCAGAGAUCGCAAAGUUGCGGAUCUUCCCAUUGAUCAUCCUUCGUGUUCGAAACAACAUGCUGCUUUCCAGUUCCGCUUGGUUCCUUACACGAGAGAAAAUGGCACUCGAGGUCAAAGAGUGCGACCCUAUUUGAUUGAUUUGGAGUCGGCUAAUGGGACUUUUGUGAAUGGGGUCAAAUUGGAACCGAGGAGGUAUCACGAGCUGCUUGAAAGAGAUGUUAUUAAAUUUGGAUUCAGUUCCAGGGAGUAUGUUUUGCUCCAUGAGCAAAGUAAGGACGAGGAUCUCGAUGAUGAUGUACCUACUGCUUAGGUAUAAAUAUUUGGAAUAAUUAUAUUCCAAAAUCUGGGACAACCGCGAAACCAAAUUUAUGAUAAUUAUUAAUUAAUUAUCAGAUGGGAAGUCCUGGAAGCGAAGAGGUUAACGAUUUUACACCCCUUAUAUUUAUAUGCUAGUUUUGAAGCAAAUUCUCGAGGUAUGAUUAAACUUUUCGAGUAAUUAGAAAUGCUUUAAAUCGUGUUUUCGAGAUCUACAUCGAAAUUAAUAUUCUGAAAAAUAUUAAUUAUAUAGUAUUAUAGUUUCUGUGCAUUCGACAUAUAAUUUUAACAAAUAAGACAAUUUAAUUUCGUGAAAUCUUGUAUCGGAAAGUGAUUAGGAAGUAUCUGUAAAUAAUAAAUCCAAUGUAUAUAAGAUAGA